AUGAUGAAAGAAGUGCAUAGUGGGGUUUGUGGGCCACACAUGAAUGGGCAUCUACUGGCUAAGAAGAUCAUGAGAACAGGAUAUUUUUGGCUUACCAUGGAGCAUGACUGUGUAGAUUUUGUUAGAAAGUGUGUUAAGUGUCAAAUGCAUGGUGAUGUUAUACGUGCUCCUCCUACAGAAUUGCAUAGUAUGACUGCUCCAUGGCCAUGUUCGAUCUGGGGAAUGGAUGUGAUCGGAACUAUUGAUCCUCCUGCUUCAAAUGGGCAUCGAUUCAUUUUAGUGGCAUUGAAUAUUUCACCAAGUGGGUUGAGGCCGCGUCCUAUAAGCAUAGACGUGAUCACUGAUAAUGCCAAAAACCUCAACAAUGAUAUGGUGGAUGGAUUAUGUGAACAGUUCAAGAUCAGACAUCGAAAUUCUGCUAUUUAUAGGCCUCAGAUGAAUGGAGCCGUUGAAGCCGCAAAUAAAAAUUUGAAAAAGAUUAUCGUAAGAUGA